GGAGCGCUGGGGCUGCGCGGGCGCCGCCGGCCUUAGGGCAGCGAGAGCGGCGCGGGGCGCGGCAGCGAGCCCCCGGCCCGUCCUCUCCUCCGGGCGGCCAGGAGGAAGCGCCGCGGGCAGGGACGGGAGAGCGGCACUGCCGGAGCGCGGGGAGGGGGACCGGCACCGCGGGGCCAGCCGCGCCGGCGGAGCCGGGGGGGGAAAGAUGAGCUUGUUGUCAACCAUCGACACCAGCGCCGCGCCCGUGUACCAGCCCGCCCAGCUCCUCAACUGGGUCUAUCUCUCGCUGCAAGACACGCACCAGGCCAGCGCCUUCGAUGCCUUCCGACCCGAGCCCUCCUCGUCCCAGCACCCCGACCUCGGCUACACCAAGAGCACCCCGGAGCUGGGCUCCUCGCUCAGCUCCAGCUAUCUCAACAGCUUCUUCCAGCUCCAGCGGAGCGAGGCUCUGAGCAGCAGUCUCUACAAGAGUGCAUCACCUUAUGGCUCGCUUAAUAACAUUGUGGAUGGGUUAAGCUCCCUCACUGAGCAUUUCUCUGACCUAUCCCUUUCUUCAGAAGCCAGAAAACCCAGCAAGAGGCCACCUCCUAACUACCUGUGCCACCUCUGCUUUAACAAGGGACACUACAUCAAAGACUGCCCCCAGGCUCGUCCAAAAGGAGAAGGCCUGACACCAUACCAGGGCAAGAAACGCUGCUUUGGUGAAUAUAAGUGCCCCAAGUGCAAGAGAAAAUGGAUGAGUGGAAACUCCUGGGCUAACAUGGGACAAGAAUGUAUCAAGUGCCACAUUAAUGUUUAUCCUCACAAACAGAGACCCCUGGAAAAGCCGGAUGGCCUGGAUGUGUCAGACCAGAGCAAAGAACAUCCUCAGCAUCUGUGUGAGAAGUGCAAAGUUUUGGGCUACUACUGCCGCCGUGUGCAAUAAACCUUCAAAGUGGCCUCUUCCCAUCCCCAUCGUCCUGAGAGAUUCUCUGGCAGCAUGCGAUCAACAGCAGCACAACAGAUCAAGAUAAAAGCUAGAAUAAUUGCCAGUAUUGCCUAUCUAAUAAUAUGCCUUACCAUUAAUAGAAUGUAACAUUUCUCCUGUGCAUGUGCAUGCAUGCAAUAGGUAUUUACAGGACUAUGAUUUGUAUACAUAUAUAUGUAAAUUUAUAUAUGUACACACAUAAAGUGUUACUGAUGAUGUUCACAACAGAACUACAGUUACAGGUUCUGCUGAUUGUUUACACAGACCCUAUAUCACAGCCAGGUGAAAUGAAGUACUUUUCAAAAGGCAAGGAAUAAUAUUCACAAGGAAUAUUUGUUACAUGCAUGGCUUUUGCAGAGGUUCAGUAACUGUGGGGCCACUAAUUGUAAGCACUCACCCACAACACGAACGCUGUUCUUAUUAUAUGACAAGACAAAGGAAGAUGAAACAAGCCACAGCAUAAAAGAGGAAUUACUGCUUUCCCAGUUUUAGAAAGUCUUAAGAGUUUUGUGCUGCUGAUUUCUUGGACUUUUUUCUAUUUGUUACCAUCUCUUGGGCAGGGCUUAGGCAAAAUAAUUUUUGCAGGACAUGGAAAAAAAAGUGAAUAAUUGUUUGAGGGGUGUGGGUUGGGUAGGAAGGGAAUGCUAUAAGAUUCCAAGAGGUUUUUGGAAGAGAAAAAAUUGGCUUGCAUAUGCAACUACCAGAUCCUUCUCUUGUCAUCUAAUCCUACUGACAUGGCCCCUUCUAUGUGCAUGGUGUGUUCAUUAGGCCACAAGCACAUUAAAUUUACUAUGAAUAAGGGGAUAAGAAUACUUAAAACUGACCCCAAUACCCUUAACUGAAAGAUUAGCCAAACUUACUAUUUAUAGUAGUUUAAAAGCCACUUUCUGGAAAUAUUUUUACAUCCUGUUUUCUACUAUAGAAAUUUGUUAUAAUACGAAACACGUUAGCCAUAGGGGUGUUUUAAGGCAUGGAAAACACUUUAUAUAACUCUCUUUCUUUAUGUCUUCCUGAAGAAGACCUACAUACCUGGGGAGAAAUUUAGGAAUUAUAUUUCAUUGUCCCGUUUCAGGUAAAACUUUGCACAGGGACAGCCUGCUGCAAAGAACAUCUCAUCAGGGAUUGGCAAAUAUAAACUGAAAGUACCUCGAGACAGUAUCCUGUUUGUAUGUCUAUGUGAGAGUACAUUGGCAAAAGGACACAACAAGCAAUUCAUUUGUAGCGUUCACUAAAAAAAUUAGAGGCAUAAUGUUUGAGAUUGGUGGGGUUUACAUCAGCAAUUUACAUUUUUAUGAAGUUUCCUUUAGGGAGAUUGAUUUGUGUGAAUGAUACUUAGAGAAAACACUUUAAAUCCUAAAUAACUUGAUGUGAACUAAAUGUGUUCUGAGGACUAAUUCUGUAAUGCAAAGACAGUGGGGGAUUUAUGCCAAGUGAUAGCAGGAUGUUGCCAGUAUGUCAAGACAAGCUUUUAUAAAGUAGGAAACUUAUCAUGAGCAUUCACCUAGGGAACGUGAAGCUCCUGAUAAAUUUGCUGCAGGGUCAAACUCUUGCCAUUUCCCUGCUUUGCUAUAAGCAGGGCAAAAUUGUGUCUGCUUGUUUGGUGUGAGUGGCAUGUACAGAUCUUGCAAACUCCAUUAUUUAUGGCAGCCCGAGUGACCCAGCCUGCUGGUCACAGCAAUGGAUAAGCAUCCUGACUCCUGGCUUCUGACCACAGCUCUCCCAUAGCUCCCUGAUUUUGGGCAAGUCACAAGAUCCUUCUGGACCUCAGUUUCCCCAACUGCAAAAAGGGGGUAAUAAUACUUUAGUAUACCUACCUCACAGGAGAGUUGUGAGGUUUACUUAAUAUCUCUUAAGUGUUUUGGCAUCACUGGAUGAAAAGUGCUAUGUAAUGCUAAAAUAGAAUUAACUAAAUUAAUCACUUGGAAACUACUUUUGCCCUGUUAGCAACUCAAACUAAAAUAGCUGAAAAUAAUAUUAUUGAAAGUAACACUAAUAAACAGUUUGGUUGCCUCAGUGAAGAUAUGCAGUUUUAGCAUUUUCAAAUGCAAACACAUUCUUUUGCACAGAUUCACAAAUUAACUUAGAGACAAAUUCUCUCAACAAAGAUACUAAUCUGUCUAUACAAAUAAGAAAAUACACAAGCAAAUCUAGGGGUGGAUUUUCUAAGCUUGACCUCUAGGAUUAAUCUCAAUAGUUUGUUUCAAGCAUGAGUAAUUUUGAAAGAGCAGCAUUUUAAACCAGAUCUGUUUUUUCCUCUUGAGCACUUAAUAGUACAGGAACAAAAAAAAAAAAAAAAAAAAAAAAAAAAAAAAAAAAAAAAAAAUCACCUAGAUGGUUCACAUCUAGCUAAAGAACAUGUAGAAAAAAACCCUUAGAUAAAGAUAAAGGAAAAACGUUAUUUUAUUUUCUCCCUGAAACCAAGAUAUUGCUAUCAAACAUUUUGUUCAGUAUUGAAAUAAUCUCCCUGUUAUGAAAACCACUAAUACCAGUAAAAUAGCACAACUCUUUACAUAGCUGUAUAACUAUAUCACACACCAGCAGGUUCUGACAAAAAGAUGACUAAAAGAUGCCAUUAUAAGCAUUGAUAUUUUCAUGACAGUGCCCUAUUAAGAAUUGUUUAUCCAGAUUCAACACUGCGAGGCAAUGCCUUUAGCUUAUGGAUUUUUAGAUUGUACUAAAAAUACACAUGAUCUACUUUAACACAAUGUCUAUAGGUGUAGCAUAAUAACUCUUGAGAGCAUACUUAUGAGAGUUCAGUAUUUACAUUAUUGAUGUGUUCCUAGGCAGAAGACAUAUAAAGUAUUUAAGUGAGUCUCAGCAUAUCUGUAAUAAAGAGGAGAGCAGAUUUCCCCCUGCCCCGGCGCUGGGGGAAAGCAGAUGAAGAACACAACGCGUGGAAAAGCAAGGAGCGACACUGCCGUGGUUUGUUCUGCCUAAAGCAGGGGCGCAGCUCCGGCGGUGCGGGUGGCACCGGCACCUCCUCCCUGCACAGGCUGGAGCCGCCUCCCUAAAGCUGGGCCUGGCAAGGCAGGAGCAGCGAGCUCGGCCGAGGGGUCCCUCUGUCCCUGCGGGCAAGGCAGGAGCAGCGAGCUCGGCCGAGGGGUCCCUCUGUCCCUGCGGGCAAGGCAGGAGCAGCGAGCUCGGCCGAGGGGUCCCUCUGUCCCUGCGGGCAAGGCAGGAGCAGCGAGCUCGGCCGAGGGGUCCCUCUGACCCUCCCUGCGUGACUUGGCUGCUGGGAUUGGAGCCUUGGGCCCGAGGCAUUCACUCCACACUCGAGUCUGUGCAGUUGGAGUUGCUGGGAAAACACAUCCACAUAAGUAAUUGUGUAGAACAGCUUUAUGACCAUUGGCUUUUAGUUUGUGGCACAGAAGGGACAUUUCUGAAUUUUUAUUUCAAAGCAAAAAAAAAAAAAAAAAAAAAAAAAAAAAGAACGAUUGAUCAAAAAUACAAAAUUACUUCUACUCCCUGCUUCCCCACACAAAGGUAAUUUCACCUAUAGAUGUAACCAGCUCUUUCCAAAUCAGAAAAAAAAAGGUUAAGGUGCAGAUUUUUGACUGGAAAAAUGAGGAACUGAUUUAUCUUUUAAAUUUUAGUGACUGCUUUCUGAUGUUCUCUAACUAGCUCUGGAUUGAGAGCAUCAGCUAGCAAUCAUUGAAGGCAUUAGUAGACAGUAUUGGCAGGAGUGAAGCAAGCAUUAAUAAAAAGAGUUUUAAAUCAAUACAGGCCUCCCUAAACUGAGUAUUCUUUAGGGGUGUACCUGAGAGCAGUUUGGCUCUGUGCAUUUAUUUGGCAAACUGGAUUUUCAACCUUGGUUGCUUGCUGUUGACAGCCCAUCAAUAUAUCCUGUCCUAUUCUAUUUUUUUAAUUUUCACCUUUUCAGAUUUUUUUUAAACUUCCAUUUAUUUCUUUAAAAGCAACAAAAACCAAUCAAACAAAUAAACACCCCACAGUUUGUUUUGUGAGUUGGUCAUAACAUUUCAUAUCGAAUUUGGCAUUGGCAUGCCUCUGGAAAAAUGUUUGAGUAAUUUGAAAUGUGUGUUAUAGGUUUUUAGCUGCUUUAACCUUAUGAGGCUACAAUGAAGUUAUUACAAAUACUUCAUUUAAAGGCGAUGAAGAAAUAUCCUAGUAGUUUAAAGGAUGGCCCCAUUUUAGCCAGUUCCUACUGCUGCUACCACAGAUGUAAAAUGAUGCCACACAAGCAAAAUUUGAGGCAUUUUUGUCUCAAAGUUGCUAUUUAAUUUCAGAUAAAUACACAAGAGUAUAUAUUAUUUCUGAAAAUAGGUGUAUUUUGAAGUUCCCCAUUAUAUGGGACUUAGUUUUUAAACAAAAAAUGUGAAGUUACAUAUGUCUGAGAGAAGCCUUAUACCUAGAAGUAUUAUCUACAUUUUACCUUUUUGUAUAACAUGAAAUUUAGAUUAUACAUUAAUUGCAUACCUGUGACACUCUAGCAUUUUUUUAAAAAAAACUGAAACCUACUUAAAACAUCAAAAGUUUAGAGCUUUUGGAAAUGUCAGACUUCAUAGAUUAGUGGUCUUUGUCCUGCAGUCACAUAGAAGAUUUUUUUUGUCCUAUUCUGGAUCCUAAGAGAUGUCCACUGAACAGUAAGCAAUAAAUCAUCAACACGUGUUUUUCAAGUUAAGUCGAUAGACAUAUAUUUUCCACUUGCCUCUGCCAACAUAUUUUAAAACGUGAUUGAACUAUCCCCAUAGAAAAGUCAUUCUUUCAGAUAUCACUCCACUCCCAACUGGGCUUCCAUCCGUAUCUCUUCCUUAUCUGCAAAACCAGUGCUGUCCAUUGAGUUUGCUGUAUCGCUCAAGUGCUCAGAGGGCUGUUUGAGAUCUUAGAUAUAGGGAUGAUGGAUUGUGUUUCUAGGAUGAAUUUCAAAGGGACAAUCGUGUGCAGUUACUAGCUAUAGAUGAUUGAUAUAAAUGUUUACCCCUGUAUGAAGUAUUUUACAGUUUUACUUGCAGAUGUGUAUUUAUCUUGAGUUAUACUUGACAUAGAGUUUCUUUCAAUUUUUUUUAAUACUAUGUGUGUAUUUUGGAAACCUUUUUAGAUGUUAAAAUUUUUGAAUGGUUACAAAUAUUUCUUAUAAUACUGAAUUGUUAUCUGGAAACUCUUUGCAGUAACUUUUUUGUAUAUAUUUGAGGGCCUUUUUAAAAAAGUAUUGUUUGUUUUUUGGGCAAAGUUUUUACAAUUGGGAAGCUUUCAGAAGGGCCUUCCUCUCAACUAGGAUACUAACAGAGGUAAGAGUUUUCUUAAGUAUUUUGCAGUAUUUUGCAGAACUAAGGAUGUAUCCUCAAGAAAAUAUUUAUGGAAAUAAUUUACUUUUUUUUUUACAAUGCUUUUGUCUGUAUAAAGUAUGCAACAGAACUACAUUAAGAAGGAAAUAUUGUCUACAUAAAAUAUUAUAUGAAAGUUGGUACAUAAUUCUGACAAAAAACCUUGCAAUUCUUUAAGCCAUAUUGUUUUUGUUAUCCUUGGAUGAAAAUAUCAGUAUUAAGUAACCAGUGUAUUAUUCAAGUGCUUAGACUUAUAUGAAAAUGCUUAUACGGUUUAUUUAUGUGUAUUUGGGGAACGAGUGCUAGAAAAGCUAUCACUAGACAUGUAGCAAGUGAGGAGCAAAUAACAGUAUAAUGUCACUUUAUGGCCUUGUGAGAGACACAAAGGUGUUGAAAGCAACGUGGAGACUCAGCUUUCAGAAACUCCGAAGCACAAGUGGUGGGUUUCAAAUGGUGGCUCUUUCCUUCCCCAUGACUAGAGGGGAAGAAAGUUGGUUGGGACACUGUUUAACUUGACUUUCACAACUCUUUGCAGACUGUGAGCUCAGCUAUGCAGUAUCAUCUACAGCAAUAAUAUCAAUCAAAGGAUGUAAGAGAAAAGGAUUGAAGUAGAUUAUUGUAGGGGUUUACAUUUAUUUUAAUUAGAACUCAUAGCAAUAUAGAAUAUGCAUGUGCACGUAUUCGAAGCAUUUUACACUUUACAUUUCAUGUAGUUUGAUUAUAUUAUGAAGGAUUGAGUUUUUAGUUUGCUAUUUUACCAUGCUAAAAUGGGAGGUCUGCCCAGCCCUGUACUGGAUUCUUGUUUCCUUUAAAAGGUUAUUUAGUACAGCACUCACUGCAUUGUGUAAUAGUGCUAAAACUAACACUAUUUUAUGAAUUUCUUCAGCUUUAAAAAAAUUAACGUAAUGAUUAUUACAUUUGUUUAACUGUACCCACUGACCUUGUCAGAUUCAGUUGGCAAAUUGUGUAAUUUCUUUUUCUGUAACUGUUAAUAAACUUGUACAGCUAAAACAAACAAAACCUAUGGACAAAGGCCUCAGAGGUACCAGUUCUGUUUCAGCAAUCAAGAUGACAGCUUGCUCAUUUGGUGACUGCGUUGCUACCAAGACUGUAAAACCUCUGUUGUGGAUUGUCCAUAAAAUGGCAUUCCGACAUGUGCCUUAUUUGCUGGAUAGUAUACAGCUUUCCUCUAGUAUUCUAGCAUUUUAAUGCUGUAUUAAAGUAUUGCAAAAAAAACA